AUGGCAGCGGCACCAAUGCUCCUCCUGCGCGCCAACCCCGCCGCUGCCAUCCCAGUUCCCAUCUCCACGGUCGCCUACAGUUGGUCUUGGCCUACACUUCCCUCCUCCUCCACCUCCACGGCCGCUCGCUGCUCCGUCGGCUCCUCCGCGAAGCUAUUCGCCGUCCAAUUCCAGGAGCCCCUCCGCUCCUACUCCGAUCCAUGGGGCGGCCGGAAAGAGAUCGGAAGGGCAUCUCCGGCAUCUAAUGCAAUAAUAUUCAGGCGUGGGUAUGCUACUGAGAGGCAGAAAGGGCUCCUAUUAGUUGAGAAACUCGAUUACCUGCAGCCAAAACUCUUACAAAGUAUCUUCUUCGGCCUCUCCAAACCCUUGAAAAAGCCAGGGCAAUGGCUUAAUGAGGCAUUGAAAAGAUCAACAGGGAAGCAAGGAUUUCAGAUCUGGAUCGACAAAUUAAAGCUCUGGAUUAAAGAGCAAACAUAUGCAGAUAAUUCACUGUUGCUGAUAGAAAACUCUUCAUGGGACAAACUUCGGUCUGAUCAGUUACCCUAUGCAGAUGUUCCUAUUUGGAUUGCUGCGCAAAGGACAGUCUCUCGCUAUGAAGGAAUUCUGUCACCUGUUGGUCCUCGUGGCAGACUGCUAAGAAGAUUGCUUACAUGGAGUGGAUUAAUCCCUUCUCUGCCAGAAGCAACAGUAAAACCUGAUGUUGAAACAAAACAUCUUGAGGGCUAUGUCAGGGCCAAUUUUCUACCAAGAAUUACCCUUGCAAAUAUGUGGGAGCCGGCAAGCAGAGAAUCUUGCAACAACAAUGUGUGGGAGAUAGUGAAAACUUCUUUUGUAUUUUAUUUGGGAAGUCUACUCUUCAGGUGCUGCCGGCUGUUGGUUCCUGCUUGCUUGGCAUCUCGUCGACAAGGCGUGCUCUUGGCAAGUUACGUCGAAAUAUGUGGACCGAAACCUGGGCCAUAUGAGAGGACCUGCGGAGAGACAAAUGUACCUGAGUAUGAAUGUAUACGGAUAGAUAAGCUGGUAAAUAUAUACGGAUAGAUAUCGCUAUUUUUUAUUAGAUGCAGGGGAAUGAAACAUGUAUGAUCAACACAAUUCCCUUUCUUUGUACACUCAUUAUUGCUGUACAAUCCAUUGUACGAUACAUACACGAAUACAUACAUUUGGUACUCAAUGCAUUCAUGCUAGGUGGCAACAGUACCUUAUUUUCCCUUUUGUUUCUUGUGAUCGAUAUGCGCAGUAUCUGUAAUCUUCUUGUUACUCCGAUCCGGUUUUACUACGUAUUUGAUUAUUAAUUCCAUAAGAUUCAGUUGAUCUAUUGAGAAGGAAAAUAGAGAAAACAAAUGAAAUAAGAAAUUCAAGUUGCCAGAUUACUAUGGUUUUUAAUUCUCCUGUACCUUAAUCGGAGGAAAUCAGGCGGUUCAGUUAAUGUUAUUAGUACUAUUAAUUAGGCAUAAAAUUCAAGUCGCCAAAGUGCAGAAUCAAUCAAUGGUACACUUUUUAUUGAUGGAUGGACGAAUUAAUUCAUCCGA